CUCGCGGUGGGCAGCAUGUCGGCGGCGGCGGCGGCUCGGAAGCGGGGAAGGCCGGCCUCGGGGGCCGCGGCCGGUGCGGGGGCCGGCAAGCGGCGGCGAAAGGCCGACUCUGCCGGGGACCGGGGCAAGUCCAAGGGAGGCGGCAAGAUGAAUGAGGAGAUUUCCAGCGACUCUGAGAGUGAGAGCCUGGCUCCUAGGAAGACUGAGGAGGAAGAGGAAGAGGAGCUGGAGGAGACAGCCCAGGAGAAGAAGCUUCGCUUGGCCAAGCUCUACCUGGAGCAGCUCAGGCAGCAAGAGGAGGAGAAGGCCGAGGCCCGGGCAUUUGAGGAGGACCAGGUGGCAGGGCGCCUGAAGGAGGAUGUGCUGGAGCAGAGGGGCAGGCUGCAGAAGUCGGUGGCAAAGGAGAUUCAGGGCCCAGCCCCGGCUGACAUCCGUGUCUUACGGGGGCACCAGCUCUCCAUCACGUGUGUGGUCAUCACCCCCGAUGACUCUGCCAUCUUCUCUGCUGCCAAAGACUGCACCAUUAUCAAGUGGAGCGUGGAGACUGGACGGAAGCUUCACGUGAUCCCACGGGCCAAGAAGGGUGUUGAGGGGCAACCCCCCAGCCACAGCAGCCAUAUUCUCUGCAUGGCCAUCUCCUCUGACGGCAAGUACCUCGCCUCGGGUGACCGCAGCAAGCUCAUUCUCAUAUGGGAGGCCCAGAGCUGCCAGCACCUGUACACUUUCACAGGCCAUCGGGAUGCCGUGUCGGGUCUGGCAUUCCGCAGAGGAACCCACCAGCUCUAUAGCACAUCCCAUGAUCGCUCUGUGAAGGUGUGGAACGUGGCGGAGAACUCCUAUGUGGAGACACUCUUUGGGCACCAGGAUGCCGUCGCUGCGCUGGAUGCCUUGAGCAGGGAGUGCUGUGUGACGGCUGGGGGCCGGGACGGGACGGUGCGUGUGUGGAAGAUUCCUGAGGAGUCCCAGCUUGUCUUCUAUGGCCACCAGGGCUCCAUCGACAGCAUCCAGCUUAUCAACGAGGAGCACAUGGUAUCGGGCGCAGAUGAUGGCUCUGUGGCCUUGUGGGGUCUCUCUAAGAAGCGGCCGCUCGCCCUGCAGCGUGAGGCCCAUGGGCUGCGGGGGGAGCCAGGCCUCGAGCAGCCCUUCUGGGUAUCAGCAGUGGCGGCCCUGCUCAACACAGACCUUGUAGCCACAGGCUCCCACAACUCUUGCGUGAGGCUCUGGCAGUGUGGGGAGGGCUUCCGGCAGCUUGAACCUCUCUGCGACAUUCCCCUGGUGGGUUUUAUUAAUAGCCUCAAGUUCUCCAGUUCGGGGGAUUUCCUGGUGGCUGGGGUCGGGCAGGAGCACAGGCUUGGCCGCUGGUGGCGCAUCAAAGAGGCUCGGAACUCCGUCUGCAUCAUCCCGCUCCACAGGGCCCCCAGGCCCCCUGCGGCAGGCUCCUGACUCCUCUCCCCUUUAUUUAAGUCCUUUCUAGACCAGGCCCUGCCCUCUUUGUAUUAAAAGCCUCCUCUUUUGGGCUU